GAGAUAGUCACGUGAUAGUUUGUGACGUCACCUAAACAGUAGGUUCCUUUUGUUUUCAUUCGUCGUCAGUUCUUCGGAGGGCCUGGAAUUUUAGGCUGUUUUCCCUCGAAUUUAUGAAGUUUUUCAGCUGAAAACCGACCAAAAUGUCGUCGCCGAGUCCUGGCAAGAGGCGGAUGGACACCGACGUUAUCAAACUCAUUGAGAGCAAGCAUGAGGUGACCAUUCUAGGGGGACUUAACGAAUUUGUAGUAAAAUUCUACGGACCACAAGGAACGCCGUAUGAAGGCGGGGUUUGGAAAGUUCGAGUAGACCUUCCAGAGAAGUAUCCGUUCAAGUCACCAUCAAUAGGAUUCAUGAACAAGAUAUUCCACCCAAACAUUGACGAGGCGUCGGGUACAGUGUGUCUAGACGUGAUCAACCAGGCAUGGACAGCGUUGUAUGACCUUUCCAACAUCUUUGAGUCGUUCCUACCACAGUUACUGACGUACCCCAACCCUAUCGACCCCCUGAACGGGGACGCAGCGGCCAUGUACCUCCACAAACCUGAGGAGUACAAGAAGAAAGUUAAAGAUUAUGUGAAGAAGUACGGCACGGAAGAAGCACUAAGAGAGCAGGAGGGCGGAGAUUCGAGCAGCGAGUCAGAAAGCUCCAUGAGUGACUUUUCAGAGGACGAAGCACAGGACAUGGAGCUUUGACAGUCACCAGAUGUAAUAUAGAGUUAGAGAUAUGUGGCCCCUCAGCGUGGCACUCCACUCAGGAGCCUGGCAGUCGUGGCAUCCUUACUGUCAUAACCAGCGUGCGGAAACAAUACUGAUUCUUGUGGAAUCAGUAGAGUAUUGCUUUGCUAUCACCGUGCUCAACUGUGUGGGUUCAUGUGGUCGUGUAAGAGUGUUGGUGUGUGUUUGUAGAAAAGGUUCUAGUGUAUGUGUAUGAACCCGCACUCGUGCAAAAAGGUGGUGCAUGCGCAGUGAAAGCAAAAUUAAAGGAAACUCUGAUAAUACAAAGCAUUGUUUAUAUGCAUUGGUUUUUACAAUCAAACUUGCCAAGUAUCAAUCAUUGUAGAUUUUUUGGCUGUGUUGACAAUCGUGAGACGAGAAGAGAGAAAAUCGCUGGUGGUGAACUGAGAUGCCACAGUGCCAGAUUGCUUGGUCGAGUGCCACGCUGUUCGGCCCAAGAAUGAUUUUUAAUAUUAUUCACUAUAUUGUAUGUCCUCACGGGUUCCUUGUACAUAUUUGUAUGUAGAAAGAUUUGGUGUUUCAUGUAGCCCCCCUCCCCCUUCUAUCUACACCGUAGUACCGGCAAAUUGUUGGCGAGGGGAAAAAAGAGUAAUCAGCAAUUCUUUAGUUCUGCAGCUCUUUGAUUUUGUAAAGUAUCCUUUUUGUUUUCAGCAAGUUUUGAAAUAAAUGUGUUAUAAGUAUGCUAUCAUGAUGAUGCGUCUUGCUACAUUGUAAGAGAUACAGAUACAACUGCAGUGGGUGCGACGACAGCUGCAUGUGUUGUAGAGAUAAAGAAGCUGAGGGCAUUUUGCUGGGAAUCCCAUGUUGUCCAAUUAUCUGCUAUGUUUACAGUAAAUUGUACAUUGCUUUAAAUCUUUGAUUUGGGGAAGCUUAUUUUUAGUGAUUUUGGUCAAAAUUUCCCUCGUAGCCGACCAACAUACCCAUGGGGGAAUGCGUAAGAGAUACUGCAAGGUGGUUUUAUCUACCUAAUCCACAGUUCAGUUCCAAACCUGCUGCCAAUAUUGUUUCAUUCUGCCAUUUUGUGCCAAUACCAAGGCAUGUCCAGCCUGUAUCUCCCAGAGUGUUCAAGAAAUGACAGUUGUACAAGCAAUUUUACCAGUCAUUACAAAAUAUGGCCAAGAAUAUAGUGAUAUUUUGUUGUUUUUUUAAUUGGCAGGUCUAUAUAUAAAUGAUACCCAUCAUUUUUGGAUUGGACACACAACCACUGAAAUAAACCAACUCUCUGUCCUGUUUAGU